AUGACAAUCCCACCCAUCGACCCUCCCAUGGACGCGUCUUCUCUAUCUGGAUCGUCUCCGCUUCCCUCAGCCCUUUCUAGCGGCGUCGAUCCUUCAUCUCCUUACCAUCUUCACCACUCCGAUAACCCCGGUACUGUCCUCGUUACUGUUCCUUUAAACGGCUGCAAUUACCCGACUUGGAGACGCGCCAUGCGCAUGGCUCUCUUUGCCAAAAACAAAAUGAUGUUUGUUGAUGGUUCACUUGUGCGCCCUUCUUCUCUGGCUUCUGAUGUUCAAAUAUGGGAUCGCUGUAACUUCAUGGUGUUGUCUUGGAUCUUGAACGUUCUAACCCAAACGAUCACCGACAGUGUCAUCUAUGCUGAAACGGCUUCAUCCGUUUGGCAAGACCUUGAAGAGCGCUAUUCUCGCAGCCAUGCCCCUCGCAUCUUUCAGUUGAAACGCUCGAUUGCGACCAUCCAACAAGGGACUGAUUCCCUUGCUGUCUACUUCACUCGUCUCAAAGUCUUGUGGGAUGAGCUUGCUUCAUGCACUUCUGCUCCAUCUUGCGCUUGUGGUACUCCUGGUUCGUUGCAUUCGACUGUCCAGCAGGAGCGGGUUUACCAAUUCCUGAUGGGGUCUCUGAUUCUUAUGCCCCCCCUCCGCUCGCAAAUCCUCUCCACUGACCCCUUGCCUGAGGUCAAUCAGACUUAUCACAUCUUAUUGCAGGAAGAACAACAGCGAGCACUCUCUUUACCACCUGUUCUCUCUGAUACGGCAGACAUGGCUGUUCUUCGUUCUUCUCAGCAGUCUCCAGAUCAACGCAGCACCAAGUCUGGUUCUUCUCUUUCUGCCUAA